CGUAGCUGCAGGCUGUUUAUACUGACGGCGCCGCAAUUGGAGGAGUGUAGGUUUUUCAUUCGCAGUACUUUUUUCGAAACGUCACACAUCAAAAAGAUGCUCAUCGCGGAGAUCAUGAUCCUCUUGGCAUCAUUCUUAGUACUCUCGAUCUUCUCGUGUCCUGUGCUCGCAGUUGAGUCUGCUUUUUUUACGCAAGCACGAAGCCGAGAAGCGCGGCGUCGCAGUGCAGCUACUCAAUGGAAGGGUCACACUUGUUGCCCGGUAUUCUUCUUUGCCCAGCACGACAAUGCGCGAGCCAGAAACGCCUUCGUGCGUGCUACAUUGGCUCACGCCGGCUGGAGCUGCGCCGACGAAGAAGGCAGCAUCUUUCAAGCCCGUUGUAGGGAAAAAAACCCAAACGAGAGUAGCAACGAUAAAGAAUGUGAGGCUGAGGCAGUAGACGAGCCGCUGCGGGGACAAGAUACAACCAGCAACGUGGAUGGGGUCUUCGUAAGACCUGAACAAUAUGCUGAGCGCGUGGCCGGGGGUAACCGCAACGGUAACGCAGAAAGUGCAUGUCGUGAUGAAGAACAGGUCGCGGAUAACACCAACUUCGCCACGGUCGUGUGUUUCCGUCCAGGGAAAAAGUCACGGUGCGGCGGAGUGGUCAGCCUUGCUUUGAACAAAAAGAAAAAUACUAACCAGCAUGAUGCAACAGCAACUUCCCGACCACGAGCGGAGGGCACGAAGAACCCUCGCCACGAGCACGGAGAAGUAGAAGUGCGAACCAGGCAUUUCCAGGCGGGUGGAGAGAGCAGCAAAGCCCUUUGCAGCCAGGAAAGAGUUGCAGGAGAUGACGGCGGGUUGACAACUUCUUCGCAAGAACAAAGAGAAGCCUUCCCAUCUUCAACAAUUGGAAAUGAGACGAAGAAAGACAAAGAAGCUUGCUCGCAUCUCAUCGAGUCGACAGCAAAAGUCGCACGAUACACAAUUAUCCCCUGCCUCUCAGGUCUGUUACAUGCAGCGAAGGGCUGCGCAGCGGUUUGCGCCUUUUGCGUCUCGGAACUACUGGUUGCAGAUGGCCGUAGUUGUACUGCUCUCGUCGAGAAGGAGAGGCCAUGUCAGGAUGAACAGCAGCAGCACGACCUUGUUUUGCCGAUGCAAACACAAGUCCGACAAGAAGGAGGGACAACGGGAGGGGCGACAGCUUCUAUCCCCGCACAGAUGAAGUCGGAGUACUUCGGGGCGGGUUUGGAUCUUUCACCGCGCCAGCCUGAUCCUUGUUCUACGUGGGCGCGCCAGGAAAUUUCGCGAACGCCUCUUGCAGGAACGUGGGGGCCGCUACCACAUAAUCCUGUAGUUGCAGCUGUCCGGGACGGCCGCCAUUAUCAUGAAGAUGCAGCAGUGUUGCACAAUCUUCCGGAUCCUGUCGCCCCGUUCUUGCGACCGCGUCCCCGUCCUGAGCCACUGUUAGCAAUGUCUGGAGCCACGAGGACCAGCUCGGUACUAGCGCCGAAGAACCCAUUCGAUGAGGACUUAAUAAUUUUGGCAGGUGCAAGAGCAGAGCCAGCACGAGAUGAACAGGAACGGGAUGCAACAUUUGGCCAUCGUUCCGAGUACUACGAAGAUUCAUGCCCUGCAAUUCAAAUCACGACGCAUGGUGACCACCAGGAGGCCACCAGCGCUGCGGCGGCGCUGUUUUCCCAGGAGCGUGCCGCGAUGGCGCCCGGUCGUACGUCGGUUCCUGGUGCGGGCGUUGCAGCGUUUCUUGAUAGCAGUUUCGAAGGUACUGGGCACUUGUUGAAUCAGGAUCGCGGGGAGACGACGCCGCAAAGUAACUUAGACCCUGCGUCAGCAGAUACAUCAGGCUUCGGCACCUGUGCUCACCUUCGAGACGAUCGACGAGGCUCAACAUCGUCUAGUCUGCCAUUCAACACGAUUGGACCGGCGACAGCCAGCAGCAUGGCGGGCGUUGAUAAUUUUCCGCUGGACAAAAGUACGGGAACAACAAGUACAAAAGGAUCGCAAAAUUCCUAUCAUCCCUUAUCACUCGUCGCGGCCAUGCACCAUUCCACGUCAGAAAAAAGCAAAGACUGUGCGAGGACGAAAGACGUUUAUCUUACUGACACCCGAUAUUCCCACGUGGAUAAGGUGGAAACAACUCCUGGCAGGUCGCGCAAAGUAGCAUCGAUUGAACUGGAACAAGGUCGUGAUGAAGUAAGACAUCAAACUCAACAGUCUACAACUUUUUCCCCAAGUGCCGACGUCGAGGGGGCAAUAAAUAACGGACCGGCAUCAAGCACGCCAGCGUUUUCAACAUCCUGGGACGAGCGCCAGCACACCCCGCUUUCGCCCACCUCCUCGCUUCACGCGAAUUACCACGACGACGGCGAACGAAUCGAGUUUUCUUUUCCGGAGCCCCCGUUCCCACCCCCCUCACCUGCCUCCUCUACUUCUACAUCGAGACCGCUAUUUGGAGCAGUGAACAAGAAAGCUAGUGCGACGACGAGUUCGAGUGUAGAUCAUGAUGAAGAAGGUUCGACGUUGUUGAGAAGAUCGCCGGUUUCUAGCUCCUACAACUUCUCAACUUCGCCGGUCGGUGGCACACUGCAACGACUGAAGCUGUCGGGGGAAGAGCUCUCUGCCUCUGCAAAGGAGAAAUUGAAAUUAGCGGGGAGGAUGAAUUUUCCAGGGAACAAGCAGGUCGACAAAGUAGAAAAGAAAGAUAAGCCGAGCAAAGCCGGGGCGGAUUUUUUUCACAAUCCUUUUUCUAGCAUUCAAAGCUCGAUGUUGAUGUCCACCUCGUCGUCAGCAUCUUCUUCGGUUUCCGCCCGGAGUUCAAUAAUCUGGCACACCGCAAAAAGCCGCGCAGGUGGUCGCGGUGCGGGUAGUGGAACUACUGAAACGACAGCUACAACGACCGAUGCCGGACAAACUUCCCUAGCGCAACAAGCAGAAGAGAUGUUUGUGCCUCAAUUUGAUUCCGCGUCCUCUGCAGUGGGUGCAGGUGUGGCCGAGUCACUGCUUUCUCUGGGACGCAGCUCAGGAAGGGGUAGUUCGCGCUCAAGUUCUGGAGGGGUGGCGGUAGUACCCAACGCCAGUCAGAAAAGUCGGUCAGGAGCUACAAGCACAAGCAGUAGUCGUUCAAUGCUUUAUCCAAAUAGCGGCUUGUAGAAAGAGAAGCGGCGUGCGCGUGGGCGCUGGCGGUUACAACAUUUAUUUGGCUCUCAUAUUGAGAGAGGAAAAGAUGAUCGUCCAAUUUCUAUCGGCACGUACCCGUGGUACGACAAUAUGAAUACAAAUACUACAGUAGCGUACGAACGAUCAUAGUACAGUACAUUUUUGCAGCUGGAAAUCCCUGCUCGAAACAUUUUGGAAGGUUUGAGUCCCACAAUUAUCAAUUUGCAUUCGUACUAGCCGUCUGUACACUAAAACGUACUUACACUAGAAUCUCGUCACUCACUUUGUUUUGCGAGAAUACAGAAGAAAAUCAUUGCCUCCACCAUGAACUCUGCAGUUUUUGCACGUGAGCAGAUGAACAUACUGCUGGCCCGAUCCAU